AUGUCAAGCCACUACAGUUAUGGGGCCUUUGAUAUCCUCAAUGAAAAGACUGCCAUCGAACUGUCACAGUCCCGGGUUGGCACCAAGAUCGACUCCAUCCACAGGCCUGGAGUCAAAAUCAACGUGAUGAGCGGCGAAGAAUGGAAGCAACUUGUCAAGGUAUCAGACGCGCGCAGGCGUCAAAAGGAUGCCCAAAUCCAACAGGAUUUAAAACAACAGCAUACAACAGUUAAAGAGAUUGCUAUCAAGACUGUUACUUCAUAUUUUGCUAUGGUCAACUCCCAGAGGGAGUAUGUGUCCAAGCUUGCAAAAAUGCUCAAGGCUUACUACAAGACUCCAGAUGGUGAUAAAUUGUCUGGGCAAGAGUGGGAGGCAGCAUAUGCUGAGGUUGGCCGCUUUCUGGCAGCUGUUCUUGUGGCGUUUCACUUCCAGAUGGACAGAAGCUGUGGAGUCGACGUGCAAGGUCCCGGUAUCGAAGAACUCCGCGAGGCGCACAUGGGAUGGGAUGUACCAAAUCGUCAUUGGGUUCAAGACUAUAUUGCACACCGGCAAGUGUCUGUCAGCGAUGACGAAGAGAAGUAUCUUAAAAGUCUGGUUGAUAGAAGAGUUGACCUUCCCAUCUUCAUCCUUGCUGCUUGUGAGGACAACGUGAACAGAAUUUCUCAGACUGAGGGGUCCUCACUCUCUGCCCCCAAGGCACUUCUUGACUUUGUCAUUGAAGACAACUUUAUACGAGAGGAAAUGAUUAAGCUGGUUCUGGAAAACAACUUGUGGUAG